AUGUCUAAGGAAAGCAUUGAACUUUUCAACUUAAGGCCUAAUGAGGAAUUGUUCUCUCCAUGCGUAAUCAUCCAUGGUUCCAUUGGUAAAGGUCAAACGGCUUCAAAUAUACAGGUGCAGCAUCCUCAAUUACCUCCGUUAACUUUCCCUGUCCAUGACAGCCAUUUCAAGGCUACGAUUAUUCUCACUCCUGGUGCAAAUCGAUUAACUUUCAUUACUGACACUAAUGUCUCCAAAGUUGUAGACUGCUUCUAUAGUCCCCUGGACCAGAAUGUCCCCGUACACUUAUGUCUGAUUGUUGCUAAGGACUCUCCAUUGGAGUUUGAUUCGCCGGCUUCACAGAAAGCUAAGGAAGGUGGUAACGGUCUAGAUUUAGCCAUUAAGAAAAUGAGAGUCGGUGCAAGACUGAUGCAGGCUUUCACUAACGAGCAAAUGUUAAGAAACGGUUUUGGACACAGAACUAUUCGGUUUGUUGAAGAAUAUACCUGGGAUACCCAAUUUGCCCAAAGAAUCGCUAUGAGAAAUACUGUUAAAAUCCACAUUGUUCGCUCUGACAAAACUACAAAAGAAAUCAGGGACCCUGAUGUUGCUCAGCAAAACGACAAAGCAAAAGACCAAGGCGGACUAUUUGGCAUUGCCAUGGAUGCUUUGAAGAAGUAUGGUGGACCAUUUACCCAAAAUGAAAAACCAGUUCAGGCUGCUUGUGUAUUUCUUGACACACAUUGGGACGGUAAACUGAUUAGAGGCCACGCUGCUUUAGGCGGAGGAGAUGCCGAUAUUAAGCUGGCUAUAUUUGGUUCUCAUGGUAUGUACUCAUGGCCUACUUGUAUGGAACAACUGAUUCCGUAUUUCACUGAUGAAACUAGAGCCUCAACAAAGGAGGUCGCUAACGAUUGUAACGAAUGUGGUACCCAUUGGGAAUGCUUGAACAUCACUCUUGGUGCCUUUAUGCACGAAAUUGGACAUUUGCUUGGUUCGCCACAUCAAGUCAAUGGUGUUAUGCUGAGAGAUUAUGUAAGGUUCAACAGAUCGUUCUUAACCAAGGAAUCGUAUUCUUUACGCACAAAUUCUAAUGGAGCCAAACCACCUAUCUUCCCGAAAGAAGAAUGUACUUGGAAUAGAUUGGAUCUUUUAAGGUAUCUAUAUCAUCCAACUUUCACUGUUCCUCAAGACUAUUAUGAUGCUUCUUUCAUGAGGCCGGGCCGUCUUGGUAACUUUGAUUAUCCUAAGCCCUCUGUAUAUAAUCAAGGUAACAACAUCUUUACAUUGACUUCUAAGACGGGUAUUUAUUUGAUUGAAAUUAUUUGUGGAGAUCUGGCUAAAGCACACAUAGAAUAUUUACCUUUGUCCUUGGGUGGUACUGGACCUCAAAAAGAGGUAACUUUGUCAUUGGAUGAGCUGAGAAGUAGGAUACCUCCGAAUGAUGUGCCGGAACAUAGCAACUCUUUUGCACUCCGUGUCCUAGCUGUAAACACUUCUGACCUCUUCAUUGAAAAUUUCCCAAAAUCGUUGAGUGGAGGUGAUAUUAAUAUGAGCAAAUAUGGUUAUCCUUCUUCUGUGGUAGGCCACAAGUCUGCAGUAUCUGGUAGACUUGAGAAUAGUCAAGAAACAGGGAUUAUACCUGUUGAUAUGAGGACCGUUACUAAAGUCACCGUCUACUACGCACAUGCUCUAAUGGGGCUAGUUUUUACUUGUAGUGACCCAGUUGCAAUUCCUGCCAUACCACCAAGAACCUAUGAAGGGCAAAAACAAGCGCCUAUGACCACAUCUAACAAGAAAUCAAAAAAUGUUGUAUUCGGUAAACAAGAGGGCAAUAAAUUGGAUUUCGUUUUACAACCAAACGAAGAAAUCGUAGGAUUCAACUUAAGAUGUGGCUGGUGGAUCGAUGCUAUCCAAAUUGUAACAAAUACUGGUCGUAUGUCACCUAUGUUAGGUAAUUCAGGUGGUGGGCUAUCUGAAGUUCAACCGCCAGCUGGUCAAAGAAUCCUUGGUAUUUAUGGAUCAGUUGGAGGCUGGGUUGACGCAUUUGGUAUUGUAUACGGAGCUAUAUAA